AUGCUUCGUCGUGCAACAAACGGUGCUCAACUUCUUCGUCAUGUUGUUUUAUUUAAAUUUAAAAAUACAGCAAGUCAAGCAGAUAUUGCUAAAAUUGAAGGUGAAUUUCGUGCAUUAGCUACAACUAAAGUACCACAAGUACGAGCAUUUGAAAGUGGAACACAUAUUGGAAAAGAAAAUUUAAAUCAAGGUUUUACUCAUGCUUUCUUAUUAACCUUUGACAAUGAACAAGAUCGAGAUACAUACAUGGCUCAUGAUGAUCACAAAGCGUUUGUUAAACUUCAACAAGGCAUCGUUGAUAAUAAAAUUGUACUUGCCUUUCGAGGCGAAUAG